AUGAGUUGGAAAAGCAAGAUAUAGAUAAUUGGGGGAACUGGUUAUCUUGGUAAAUUCAUGGUACAGGCCAGUAUUUCAAUCGGACAUCCGACCUAUGUCUACAGUCGACCUUCUACAGGGGCCCCCGAUUCUUCUUCCAAGAUUCAAGUCAUCCAUGACUUUCAAUCCACGGGAGUUCACAUUAUUGAGGGGUACUUGGAUGAAUAUGAUAAGCUGCUUUCGGUGCUUCAUAAAGUUGAUGCUGUGAUCGCAUUGUUGCCCAUUCCACAACAUUUAGAGCAACUCAAACUCAUAAAUGGCAUCAAAGAAGUGGGAAAUAUUAAGAGGUUUAUCCCUUCAGAGUUUAGCGUUGAAUCAGGCAGGGCACAUAGUUUGCCUUCAUUUCAAAGAAUAAUUGAUACUAAGAAGAAAAUUAGAAGGGUUAUCAAAGAGGCCAAGAUUCCACACACUAUUGUUGUUGAGAAUGCCUUUGGUGCUUACUUUGUAGAUUACUUGCUAAAUCCUCAGGAACAAAGGGAUGAAAUUACAAUCUAUGGGGAUGGCAAAGCAAAAGCUGUGAUGACCUUUGAGGAAGACAUUGCUGCUUUCACAAUAAGGGCAGUUGAUGAUAUCCGCACACUCAACCGCGUUGUCAUCUGCAAACCACCCAAGAACGUCAUUUCUCAGCUUGAUUUGAUCUCUUUGUGGGAGAAAAGAUGUGGAAAGAGUCUAACGAGAAACUUUCUCUCAGAAGACCAAAUAAUUAAACUCACUGAGAGCAUGUAA